AUGACGGUUUUUAUCGCAUCCCUGUUCCUCCCUUACACCAUUGACUUUAAGUCAACGGGUUUGAAGAGCACCAAGUUACUUCGUCGGAAGUCUUCACAUAGCUAUGCAGCCGUUGAUGGGUCCGGUGCUAUGCCCAUUAUUGGUCGCCUGGCUGAAUCCCACAAGCCUCGACAAAGGUCCGCGAGCCUGGAACUUACCCCUGGAGCGACCACGGAAGAUGAGAAGGUUUUUAAAGCAUACGUAUCACAUUCAGCAGGGGAGAUACCCUUGGCCGAUGAUCCCAACGGUCCAGGCCCCAACGAGCCUCGAGCCGUCCCGUGGGGCCAGAGCCGCAAGUUCAACCAACCUCGCUCAAAGGCGAUUAUCCACCCCGAGCCGUCUAUUCUGAGCCGCCCAGCCUCCCGACAGGAAUCAAAGGAAUCUGCCUUUUUGAAUGGUGGGGGCGUCCUCCCCCCUGUCCCCACAGAACUAGGCAGCCCUCGGGCGCUACUCUCUGCCGAGGACUGGGUGGUCAAGGCAGCAGAGCAGGGAAACGGAGGUCUCCACAAUGCCAUAAACGCUGCGGCAGAGGCAGGCUUCCUCGAGAACAAGAUGUGGGUGGGGACUCCAGGCAUGCCCACAGACACGCUGACAGACAUGACGCGACACCUCAUCGACGAGACCCUCAGGAACGAUUACGAGUCCCUGACUGUAUUCGUAGGCGACAGCGAAUUCGAAGGCCACUAUACGCACUUCUGCCGCUCUGUGCUCUGGCCUGCUCUUCACUACCAGAUGCAAGAGAGCCCACGUCAUACUGCGUACGAUGACUACUCCUGGAAACAGUACCUCAAGGUGAACGAGGCUUUCGCCAACACCAUCGCGAACCACUGGCGCCCCGGGGACACCAUCUGGGUGCAUGAUUAUCAUCUUCUCGCACUCCCUGCACUUCUGAGGAAGAAGCUACCUCGGGCGAGAAUUGGGUUCUUCCUUCACUCGGCCUUCCCCUCGUCUGAGGUCUUUCGUUGUUUGAAUUCGCGCGAUGCGUUGCUGGAUGGUCUUCUCGGAGCGGAUCUGAUUGGUUUUCAAACCGAAGAAUACUGCUAUCAUUUCAUUCAUUCCUGCAGUCGACUUCGACAAUUGCAGGUUUCGGUCGAUGGUGUACAAGUCAAUCAUCGAUUUGUGCGAGUCAAGAAUUACCCCUUGGGAAUUGACUAUCAGUCGCUCAACGUAUUACGUCAAUCCAUUGAGGUUAAAGACUGGAUUUCAAGUAUUGACGAGAAAUACCGAGGGAAGCAUUUGAUCGUAGCUCGCGAUCGGCUCGAUGCACCCGGCGGUAUCAAGCAGAAGCUUCUGGCCUAUGAGCUCUUUCUGGAGAGCUAUCCGAAGUGGAGAGAGAAUGUGGUCCUUGUCCAAGUGGCAUCGUCGGCAUCGGAGAUACCUCAGCUAGAAGCUCAGGUCUCAAAAGUGGCAAUGCGAAUCAAUUCAAUCUAUUCAACUCUCACCCAUUCACCUCUUGUUCUUCUGAAACAGGACAUCAGCUAUUCUCAAUUCCUGGCACUGCUGAGCGUGGCAGAGAUCUACAUGGCCACUAACCUUCGUGAAGGAAUGAACCUCACAAGUCAUGACUUUGUUCACUGCCAAGAUGGCCAACUCGUUUCCCAGAAACACGGCUCCCUAAUAUUGAGCGAGUUCACGGGCAGUGCAUCCAUCUUCCAUGGCCAUGAGCUCCUCGUCAACCCAUGGGAUUACAAACAGUGCGCCGAUGCGAUUAACAUCGCACUUGAAAUGUCACCGGAGCGGAGAAAGCAAAACUGGGAGUUUCUCCUUGACCGCAAAGCCCCCCACACAGCACUGGCCUGGUUCUCCUCCAUUCAAAGCGCACUCACCGAAGCCCACAGCAUGCAACAGUCUCGCGAGACCCACGCCGUUACCCCCCUCCGCCUAGACACCCUCCAAGAAUCCUACCAAGCCGCCCAGAAUCGCAUCUUUUUCCUCGAAGACGGCGCGACCUUCAUCCCCGACAAAACUCACCCAUCCACAGAAGCAACUGACCUUAUUCAAGCCCUAGUCCUCGACCCCAAGAACACAGUCUAUCUAACUAGCAAGAACAGCCCCGAGCAUCUGGAUGAAGCAGUCCGCACCCUUCCACCGUGCAUCGGGCUAAUUGCCGAAAAUGGCUGCUUCGCUAAACCCAGCCGCCAACUCACAUUCUCCCCAGAAGAAAAAGAUAAGAAUCCAUGGGAGGCCCUCGUCGACGUUGACAGCACAAGCGACUGGCGCGCCGGCAUCCGCAAGGUAAUCGAGUACUUCCAAGAACGCACAGAAGGCAGCACAAUCGAAGAGCGCCGCUGUUCACUAACAUUCGACUACACUCACGCGCUUGAUCGUGACACCGCCGCCCACCAAGCCUCCGAACUAGCGGACCAGAUCAAUGGCGCACGCGGCAGUGAAGCCAUCCGUGUCGUACGGAACACGAGCGCCGUGAGCGUUGAGCCCCUACAUGCCUCCAAAGCUGCUGCGGCCUCAAUGCUGCUAGAUCGCGUACCGGCUGAGAAGUCCCCAGACUUUAUCUUUGUGGCGGGCGGAGCGCGUGGAGAUGAAAGCUUGUUCCGGUGGGCGAAUCAGUUGACUGGUGUGCAGGAAGCCAAAGCCAAAGCCAAUGGCAAUGGCAAUGGAAAUAAAAAUGGAAACGGAAACGGAAACGGACAUAGAGAGAUGACUGUCACGACAGUCACAGCUGGCACACAUGCUACUGAAGCGAGUGCCAUCCUGCCCACUGGACUGUCACUGCUGGAUGUGUUGCGGCUACUGGUGUUUCCGUAUCUUGUUGACGUGGCUUCGGGAUGCGGAGAUCUCACGUAG